AUGUUUGCGUCGGUGCGACGCUGCAUUUCAAACGUGCUGGCCGGUCUGUCGGGCAGUAACAGAGGCGCAAAUGGAGGAAAUAACAUUGUUCUGCUUACCGGCGUCAGGAAAUUAACGAGAACGGGCAAUGCGACUGGCGUCGGCGGUGGUUUAAAAGCCGCACUGACCACGGCCCUUCUGUUCAUUAUGGGUACCCUUUAUUGUCUGUACGGCACGGGCAAUAGCACGACGCGCACAGUCACGCCCCUUGGCUACGGCCAACAGUCGUUAGGUACGUAUAAAGGAUUUUUUUUUUUUUUCGUGUUUUCUAAUCAGAGAAAAUCAUAAUGACGUUUAGUUUAUAUUGACUUAUAAAAUAUAAUAUAGAAGUACGUUUUCCGCAGGAGUUAGUGAUGCGGUCGGCGUCCAGGCGGAUUUGGUCGCGGUCGCUGCGAUGGUUCACGAAGGAACCGCGCAAGCGGUCGGUGGAUGCAACAACAGCAAAAAACACCGGAAAAAACCGCGGCCUAAAUUAAAACCGUCUAAUGGUGGCCACGGCGUAUUAACGGCCGCUGAUAUGUACGAACCGGGAUUUCGGAUCCGAAACUCCGGUCUCUGUACGGAGCGCACUCAAUUGUUGGUGUUAAUCACGUCAGCGGCUGCUCCGUCACAUUCCCAACAUCGGCAAGCUAUUCGGAUGACGUGGAUGAACCGCUACGGUCCUAGCGUGACCAUGGGUUUCCUGGUGGGUACGCCGCAGAUGUCCGAAACGGACCCGGUGGCACAACUUCUGGAAGCCGAAGAAAAAGCGCUAAGGAUUCGUUUGAAUAAUGUUAACGUUAAGCAUAACGACAAACCGAAUGAAAAGGCCAAGUCCAAGUCGUCCGCGGCUACUGCGGAUGCUGAUGUAAAUUCGCGAUGGUAUCGAUUUUCGCGGGAUCGAGAACCUCAUCUAGGAGAAGGCUUGGACGCUCAUUCUAUGCGCGGCCUUAAUGAGGCGGAAAGAGCAGUGCAGCGAGUGCUCGGUCGGGAACACAGCCGGUACGGUGACUUGGUUCAGUGUCACUCUCGGGAUACCUAUACCAACUUGACGCUCAAGUCAAUAGCCGCACUCGAAUGGACUCGCGAAUUUUGUCCUUCAGCCCGGUACUUGUUGAAAACAGACGACGACAUGUUCAUUGACGUUCGUCGGUUGUUGAGAUUUAUUGACAAGGUGGAAACAGACGCCGCCGUUGCCAUAACGGGCGUAACUGGACUUCACCCUAUCGAUCUAAUAAACGAGGACACGAACGAACUAUUCAGCGCAGGUGAAGAUAAAUACGAGUCAUCACUCAGUCCCAGUUACGAUAUUGAAUUACCGCCCACCAUAUGGGGACGAUUAGCGCACGGCUGGCGUCCGAUUCGGCAACAUAACAGCAAAUAUUACGUUUCCCGUUCGCAAUUCGCUGGUCGUGUAUAUCCCGAUUUUUGUACGGGACCUGCUUAUUUGAUGACCCGGUCAGCAGUGAGUCCGUUAUACGAGGGAGCAUUAGGCAGAGAUUUUUACAUGAUGGAUGAAGAUGAAGACGAUGAACAGUAUGACGAUGAUAAUGAAAUCGACAAAAAAAAUUUGAAUAAAGACUGCGGCGAUAGUAAUGAAACGUUGGUUAAUGCAGAUGGUGAAAAACUAGAGGCGGCGGCGGCUAUGACUAACAUCAUAGAUACUGGAAAAAAUACGGUGCCAUACUUGAAAUUAGAGGACGUGUACCUGACUGGGGUCGUAGCUGAGCGUCUGACACAACAGGCGACCGAACGACAGGCACGACGGGAACGCAAAGACAAAGAGAAGAUUUCUUCGGGCGAUGGCAAAUAUAGUCAAAAGACAAGUGCUGUUAAGACGGAUCACAGGCAGCUUCACACUGGAAAUAAGAACAAACUCAGGGCAGACGAUAUUAUCGUUAAAGUACGACGCAUUCAUAGUGAUCAAUUUGCCAAUAAGAAAAUCACUGGCCGUGCCUUGGAACGGGCUGUUUGCAGUGGUGUGAGUUCUGGUGAUAAUAGCGCUGCAGGUGGUAGCGGUGGCUUUAGUUGGUUUCAUUGGUAUUGGGGUGACACCACAGUAGAUAAAGACCCAAAAAAAAAGAAAAAGGACCAAGGGGUCAUUUCCUUGCAUAUGGUCAAGUACUAUGAACAAUUUGAUCUGUGGCGCCGCCUUAUGGAUGGCCGAACCAAGUGUAAACCUUAA